AAAUGCCAUGCAAAAUUUGAUGAUAACCACCAAACAUCGCACUCACACUCUCUUACCAGCUAUCACUCUUAAUCAGUGCCUCAUUACCAUUAACCCACCUUUCUCUCUCUUCCUAUCCUCUCAUUUUUAUUCUCUCUUCACCUUACCCUCUUCAAAUUUACCUGUUUAAUUCACUUCAAUCAUGCAAAUUUGAACUAUUUUUGAAGAAAUCUUCAGUACCCAUUUGAUAACUUGAGCAAUAUUUGAAGAAAUUGUCACUGACCCAUUUGAUAAUUUGUAUAUUAUUUGAAGAAAUUAUGGCAUUGAAGAACAUUACUUUGGUUUCCAGCAGCUGGGUUUUGUUCAAUUCAGAAGGAGAAAGCAGAUUUUUGGACUUGGAUAAAUACUCAAUUCUUAGACGUUUGAGAAUUCAUGCUAGAGAUUUGAGAAUUUUGGAUCCUCUGUUGUCUUACCCUUCUACUAUUUUGGGUAGAGAAAGAGCUAUCAUUGUGAAUUUGGAGCAUAUCAAAGCAAUCAUCACAGCAGAGGAGGUAUGGCUUCGGGAUCCACUAGAUGAAAAUGUGAUUCCCGUGGUUGAGGAGUUGCAAAGAAGAUUGGCUGUCCGAGGAGCCUUUUUCGAAGGGCUCGGAGAGGAGGACGAGCAGGCUGCUGAUUUUCCGUUCGAGUUUCGGGCGCUAGAAGUAAUGCUAGAAGCAAUUUGUAGCUAUCUCGAUGCUCGUACCACAGAGUUGGAAACUGAUGCCUAUCCAGCUUUAGAUGAGCUUACUUCUAAGAUUAGUAGCCGGAAUUUGGAUAGAGUGCGUAAAUUAAAGAGUGCGAUGACAAGAUUGACAAACCGGGUUCAAAAGGUCAGGGAUGAACUAGAACAACUCCUAGAUGAUGAUGAAGAUAUGGGAGAUCUUUACCUGUCAAGAAAAUUAUCGCGUAAUUCUUCACCUAUCAGCAUUUCUUGUGCCCCAAACUGGUGUCCUGCCUCACCUGCCGUCCGUUCGAAGAUGUCCAGAACAAGCCGAGCAAGUGGGAUAUCAGCUCAUGAGGAAAAUGAUGUUGAGGAACUUGAGAUGCUGUUGGAGGCUUAUUUUAUGCAAAUUGAUAGCACAAUGAACAAACUGACCACUCUUCGUGAAUAUAUUGAUGAUACCGAGGACUACAUUAACAUUCAGCUUGAUAACCACAGAAAUCAGCUGAUUCAGCUAGAGCUUUGCCUCAUCUCUGGGACCCUAUCCUUGUCUGUGUAUUCCUUGGUAGCUGCGGUAUUUGGCAUGAACAUCCCAUACUCAUGGAGGGACAAUCACGAAUAUUUAUUCAAAUGGGUGGUCAUCCUCGCGGGAAUGGCAAGUGGAUCUGUCUUCAUAUGGAUAAUGACUUAUGCUGGCCAUAAAGGUCUUAUCGGGAUUUGAAUGAUAAAAGUUCCAUGAAGAAAGGAGGUGCUGUGAAAAUCAUAGGGGGCAAUAUUACAAUAUUUACACAUUAUCAAAUUGAAGGAACGGGGAGAUUUGCUAGCUAUAGAGAUAUCUACAUAACGGCAUCAUGCAGUGGAAUAUUUAUGUCGUACUUUACUCUGCUAAUUGAUUUUUCUCAUACCCACUGUGAAUGAGUUUUCAUUGUCCUCACAAAGAACUUGACAGAUGUAUGUAUGCAAUCAUGUUCAAUGCAAGUCAUGUCCCCCCAAUUUUAUUACCUGUAGAAUGGUUUGCUGCAAAGCUUUAGAAUAUGUGCCCCUUCCAUUGAUGCUGAAUAUGUGAAAAGUAUAUUAUAUAUUAAGCAUCUGACCAAAACUCUGUUUAGGGUUCUAGUGUUGGUCGACCUGUAUCUUUUUCUUUUGUAUGGUAAUGGCAGGAGGACUAACAAUAGCAAGCAAACCAGACGUGCACUGCAGUGGCAAAAUCACCUGCUUUGUUGUGCUUUCCUGCACAGUGGCAGCCCUGGGAGGAGCCAUUUUUGGUUAUGACAUCAGAGUAUUAGGUGGAAUCACAUCAAUGGAUCCAUUUCAGAAAAAUUUCUUCCCACAUGUAUACAUUAAGAUGAAAGAGUGGUUGGGGAUGGAGAGUCUCAAUAGCUGCAACAGCACUACCAGCACUUGUCAUAACUUUGGUUCAUUUUUCCUCCCUGAAUUCCCCAAUAGCUUGAUCCAAAGGGACAAUGAUAUGAUCACCAAAAGGCAAAGCUUAUCUUAAAUAGUAUUCGGGGUACAACUAAUAUCCAAGAAGAGCUGAAUGGACUCGUAGAAGCAGCAUCAACCUCAAAAUUCAUCAAACACUCACUCAAUGAUCUAAUUGUCCGGUAGAAAUACAAACCUCAGCUCGUGAUGGCUAUAGCAAUACCGUUUUUCCAAAAAAUGACAGGAAUCAACGUGGUGGGAUUUUGUGCUUCUGUUCUCUUCCACAUCAUCGGGUAUGGCGAGUCUGUGUCCCUUCUCUCAUCAGUUGUAAUCAGGGUUGUGCAGAUUGCUGCAGACGUUUUCUCGAUAAUAACAGUUGACAAAGUUUGGGGUGGUGUAAUAAUGUUAGUCCCAUCUAUAGUGGUGGGAAAUAUACUCUCACCAAAGCUAGGAGAUUAUGGCAGUUUAAGUGAAGGAUAUUCCUAUGUAGUUUUGAUCCUUUUGGGCAUUUAUAGUGCUAGUUUUAGUUUCUCUUGGGGUCCUCUAGGAUGGUUGGUGCCAAGUGAAAUCUUUCAGCUCGAGAUACGUUCUGCUGCUCAAGAUAUGACUGUUGCUCUCAGCUUUACAUAUACCUUUAUUUCUUAUUGCCCAAGCGCUUUUGUCUAUGUUGUGCCACUUAAAGGCUGGGAUUUUCUUCUUCGGGGGGUGGACUGUGCUGAUGACUGUUUUUAUACACUAGUUUUUGCCCGAGACUAAGAAUGCCCCUUGAGAAGAUCGGUCUGCUAUUGAAGGAGCACUGAUUCUGGAUUAGGGUCAUUGGUGAGAUUGGCAAGGUGCCUGAAGAGAUUGUAAUUACUUGGAAGGAAAAGAUGAAACGAAAGUGUUCAGAAAAAAAAAACGUGAUGUUCUUCCUCUA